UCACAUCAUCGGUGCGUCACACGGGUCAAAGUAUUAUCGCACGUAAAACUCCGCCUUAAACAAACUUGCACUAUAUCUUCAUCAUAGUUAUUAAACUCUCGGUUUUGCCAGUGACUUAGUAAUAUUUUGGAGUAAGGAGGAAUCUCUGCACUCGUGAGGAUGGAGAGCUCUGGUGACCCCAGUGGUCCUCCACGGACGCCGCUUGUAGGGGGAGCCAGAGGGCUGCCGAUGGGCCGUCGUCUGCCUGCUUCAAUCUCUCCGGGACGCCUCCCCACAAUGCGCUCCAGAGACCUCACGUUAGGAGGAGUCAAAAAGAAAACCUUCACGCCCAAUAUUAUUGGUCGAAAAUCAAAAGAGGAAUUAAAGGCUGAUGAAGGAAUGAGACGGGAUAAGAAGGAUGUGGAUCGAGGUCGGCAGCGGGGGGGCCGAGGGAGGGGCAGAGGUCGCCCUGAGGUCAUCCAAUCACAUUCUAUCUUUGAGCAGGGCCCUUCAGAGAUGAUGGCCAAGAGGAGAGGUGUAUAUGAGGAUACUAAAGAAACAGCAAACAGUGGCCCUUCACCCAUCAUCAACAUCAAAAAGGAGAGAGAGACCGAAGAGGAGACUAAAGAAAUCCUGCGCAAACUUGAGAAGGACGAUUUUCUGGAUGACCCUCACCUGAGAGGAGAAAGAGGAAGCUGUCCUGUGCAGCUGCCACUGGCUGUGUCUGGAUGGGUCUUCAAAGAGGAGUUUAGUGAGGAGACUCUCAAAUCAGAAAAGACCUCCUCAGAUCCUGAACCGAUGAGCACAGACAGCACUGGAGCUGAAGUGAAGAUCAAGCAGGAGCCUUUGGAUAUUCCUGAACCGAAGAAGGCGGAGCCUAUGUUCAGACCGCCACCCUUGCCCAAACCUGAUUUGCUGCCUGACUUACUGGAGGUGUGGAAUCACUGCAAAGAGGAGGAGCUUCUCUUCAUGCAGCUUCCUGACUGUCUGCCAGGCCAGCCGCCCACCAGUGACGUCCGGCCCACCAAAACAGAGGUGCAGUCGAGCGACGGACAGACCAUGGUGCAGAAGACCGAGACUCAGGAUGAAUCUCAAGAAGAGAACACCUGUUGUCUUAAAGAUCUACAGGAGGGUUUGGUGGGAAAGAUGCUUGUGAGGAAGUCAGGCAAAGUGCAGCUUAUUCUGGGUAACGUCACCCUGGAUGUGGCCCUGGGAACCCCCUGCGCCUUCCUGCAGGAACUGGUCUCGAUAUCUACAGAGGGCAGGAGGGGAGACAUGUCUGUGCUGGGACACGUUAAACACAAGCUGGUUUGUUCACCUGACUUCCAGUCUCUUCUGGAAAACAGAGCUUGAGGAGCGGCUGCUAGAAUCGCCAAUAAUUCACUUGAAUGCUGUACAUUAAUUUGUGAGGAAAUGUUCCCAUGUACUGUCACAGAUGGAGAACUGAAAUUUAUUUAUACGUAUGCAGAAAUAUAUGGAAAUUUAUUUGAAGAAUUUAUGCAUCUUUUCAAGAUGACAGUAUUACACAUGUAAAUAUUGUGGGUUACAAUAAAUAAUACAUUUUUGAAAAUCUGGGUUUGAGUUAAACAUAAGGUUAAUAAAAAGUGACAUAAAUGUG